UAAAGGGGAAGAGGAGGAGGGAGAGAUGAGGGACAGAGAACGAAAUGGAAACAACGAACGAAAUUUAAGACCUAAUUUGGUUAGGAAUGGGCGGGAUGGCGCCGGGGAAACGUCUCUUGUCUUGUGUAGUUGUAAGAACGCGCGAGGAAUCAGAGUUGUGUGCCUCGGGGCAGAAAGGCGAGACUUAAAGAGCCGCGGAGUGGAUAAAGAAAAGGUUUGAGAGCGCACCUGCCCGUCACCUCCGUCUCCUCCCACUGACGUGCCGAACGACAGCGCUCCUCGGAUCCCGCAGCCCAGAGAGGCCAGCACUCGCUCACGAACACACACACACACACACACAGAAAACAAAACACGAGCGGCGUCCCACAAUGCCUCUGGUAGUGAUGCACUCGUCCCCCCUGUUUUGGGCGCGGCUGGCGGCCAUGGUGCUGGCGUGCGUGGCGUUCAGCGUGGCGGUGCACGGGGCGAACCUCUGGCACGGGACGGGCGACUGGUGCCUGUUCUGCUGGGGCUUCAGCUUCGUGGGCACGCUGCUGGUGCUGCUGGUGGAGGCCUUCGGCCUGCAGGCCCGGGCCCCCGUCUCCUGGAAGAACUUCCCCAUCACCUUCGCCUGCUACGCCUCCCUGCUCUGCCUGUCCGCCUCUAUCAUCUUCCCCCUCUACUUCCUGAAGGGCUACCCGGGCAGCGACCGCACGCGCGACUACCGCAUCGUGGCCACCGUCUUCUCCUGCCUGGCGACGGUGGCGUACCUGACGGAGGUGAGCAUCAGCAAGGCCCGGCCCGGCGAGGUGGUGGGCUACAUGGCCACCGUCCCCGGCCUGCUCAAGGUGUGCGAGACCUUCGUGGCCUGCGUCAUCUUCGUCUUCAUCAGCGACCCGGUGUCCUACAACCACCACGACGCACUGAAGUGGUGCCUGGCGGUGUACUGCGUUUGCUUCAUCCUGUCGGCCGCCAUCAUCGUGCUGUGCGUGGGCGAGUGCACCGGCUGCCUGCCCUUCUCCUUCGCCCGCUUCCUGUCCGCCUUCGCCCUCCUGGCCGUGCUCAUGUACCUGUCGGCCGCCAUCAUCUGGCCCGUCUUCCAGUUCGACAGCAAGUACAGCCGCCAGACCAGCCGCCCGUCCUACUGCAGCAGCAGCGCGGGCCUGUGCCCCUGGGACAAGCUGGUGGCCGUGGCCGUCCUCACCGUCGUCAACUUCCUGCUUUACCUGGCCGACCUGGUGUACUCCGCUCGCCUGGUCUUUGUCUCUGUGUGAGGGGAGGGGGGGCGGAAGGGGGUCGUGGGGUUGGGGAUGAAAAAAAAAAUGUCUUCCUUUGGUUCCUGCUCUUCAAAGAUCUUCUUUGCUGUUUAAAAAAAAAAAAAUGUGGAGCAUCUUUGGUUCUGAGCUCCCUGGUGUCCCACAAUGCACCUCUUCUUAACCGCUUGCCUCAAAGGUAUAAUGUAAGACCCUGACGUUCCCACCAAUAGCAUUGCAACAUGCAGUAACCAGCCAGUACAAAAUCCCUGUUUUGCCGUCUCAUUGCUGCAUCUGAUUGGUGACAUUUAAAUUCCAAGAGAGUCUUGCUGCAUCUGAUUGGUGCAUUUAAAUAACGAGAGUGUUAACAGCAUGUGAGCCCCCCCCCCCAUCAUUGAUUCAACAGACUCACUAGAUGCUCAGCUCUGUGUUCCCCCACAUUUAAGCAUUCCGACUGUGAUAUUUGUGUAGGGGCAUGACCAAGUACAAUACCGUGACGAUGGAAUAUCCUGUACUGUAAUAUAGCGCUGGAAACUCCUUUUACUAGUCCCAGUCUUCUGUAAUUAACAGACCUGGGUCAAAUGCUAGUAUUUGCUUUGGUCGUAUUUUGCAGGAUCAGUUACACCAGGCAAGAUCAGCAGAGCACAGAAAAGUAUUUGAAUCCAAAACAAAUAUGUAUUUGACCCAGGUCUGGUGAUUAGGCAGCAGUCAGGACAAUCGGAACACAGUAGCUGAGUAUCUGGUACGUGUGUGUCGAACCUGUGACCCCGGCCGAGACAGCUCUUUAAAAAAAUGGUGUUUAGGCUAAAAGACUUUCCUGAUUGGUCCAGACGGCUGCUCGCACAUCUCACCUGGUCCAUUUAAAGUGUUAUGGGUAAAUCAGUUUGUGGGAUUUUCGUGGUCGAUAACCGCAAAUCGUUUUUGGAAAUGUAAAAACGCGGGACUCCCAAGCAUUCUGUCAGUCUGGCUGUCUGUACCCCCAAAAAAACCCAGGGUCACCCCCAAAAGAAAGCAGAGACGGCCUGUCCCCAAAAGCAAUGGAGCCCUCUCUUCCAAAAGAAAUACCGAAAACAAAAGCAAAGCCAAAAACAGAAGAAUAUCCAACAUUAGCUGCAAGAAAAGAUACUGUUUGUGUAUUCUGUGUUGAGCUUUCAGUGUUAAGGGGAUCAUAUGAAGUGUUACAAAAUAAGUGAGUCUGAAUUUUAAAGAUUUUCUUUCAUUUCGACUGAUUUUACUGCAACUGCCUCUGUUUUGUUUUUUCACACGAUAAGCCAAAAUUAUUGUAACUCCUUUAAAUUUUACAUGUUUUUAUACACAUGAGUAAUGACUUGAAAAUUAUUUGAAAUCACAGACUCGUUGUUUUAUUGCUUGUUUAAUUGUAUUACUGUAGCCCAAAGUGCCUCUAACGUGUUUAUCAUUUUAAAGAGAAAUAACCAGCUAGUUAAACUGCUGUUAUAUUUCAAAGCGUACAUAUAAUAAUUUGUGUUAUAAUUUUGUUGAUAUAAUUAUUUGCCUGGGGCCUGUAUCAUGAAGCAAGAUUACUGUUGUUGGAUAACUGCACUGAGGAAAAACCCACUUUUUACUUCAGUUCCUGUUGCAUAUUUGGGAGGGUCCAGGUUUUACUUAGUGCAAGUUAUCCUGCUAAAUCAGUAAUCCUGCUCCAAGACACAGGCCUCUGUUCAUGGUUGUUAUUUGCUUUUUUGCUUUUUGUUUGUAAACCAAUUUUGCCAGCAUUAGGUGUAAUUUUUGGUAACUGAGGCCUAGAAUGGCUAUUUUAAAGGCUUUUUGGAGCACUGGAGAGUGGAGAUGGUUAAAACCAAGAUUAUUAUGUAUUUUCAAUUCAUUUUUAUUUCUAUAAUAUGUUUGAAUUUGGUUUCCAGUGUCAUUUUCUGGUUUAGUUUCAAGUCAAUCUUUGUUGCUCUUUUGGACAUCCAUGCCUGUUUCCUUUUUGUAUUAUCUUGCGUUAGUUUUAGCUGCAGGGGGGCAAAUGCAAGUAUCAGUUAAUUUUCAGUGCCAUCAAUCACCUUUGCCUUAGAGUGGAAACAUCGACAGCAAAUUAACUAGACACUUAGACACAUUUGGUUUCGCAGUAUAAAUACGCCAUUUUAGUUUGCUGAAGUGAAUACCUUUUUAAAGUAACUGAUUUAAAGUAACAUUUUUUAAAGUAACAUUUCAUGGACUAAUGUGAACAAAUGAUUACCAAUGAUUAAGUAAUAUAGGUUAUAUAUUACUUAAUAUAAUAUCCUUGCAUUUAUAUAGCACUUUUCCAAAUGCUCAAAGUGCUUUACAGCGAUGAAGGGGAACUCACCUCACCCACCACCAAUGUGUAGCACCCACCUGGGUUAUACAUGGCAGCCAUUUUGCAACAGAAAGCUCACCACACAUUAGCAAUGUGGAGAGGGAGAGAACAUUUUUUUAGCCAAUUAAUUCAGUUAAAUCAGGGGAUGAUUUUGGUGGCAAGUUUGCGAGAGCCAGAUCUGGGAUUUAGCCAGGACACCAGGGAAUCCCCUACUCUUUGUGAUAACUGUCAUGGGAUCUGUAAUGACCACAGUGAGUCAGGACCUCGGUUUAACGUCUCAUCUGAAAGACGGCAUUUCCUACAGUCCCCGUCACUGCACUGGGGCAUUGGGGUUUAUUUGAAGGAAGAUUGCCCCCUGCUGGCCCACCAACACCACUUCCAACAGCAACUCAGUAUUCCCUGGUGGUCUCUUAUCCAAGUACUAACCAAUCCCACACUUGCUUAGCUUCAGCCAUUCGGCAGGAGCAGAGUGCAUGGAGGUAUGGCAACUGACGACUAAUAUAUAAUAUAUAGAUCUUUUUAGCCACAAAAGGCAAAACGCAAAGCUUCUGACAAUUAACUGACGUUACCGCAUACCUAACAAGAAGCUUUUGGUGACUUUUAAAAGUUGAAAAGGUACAGUCCAGUAUUUUUAAUCUAUUCAAAAUAACCCCAGAUCCCUAUAUCAUUCGCUGGCCAUGGGAUUGAGGUGCAUGGGGUGAUAGCUAGCAAGGUUUGAUCACUGUUUUGUCUUAACUCUACACUUUUCCAUUUAGAGUGUUUAUAAUACACUAUGUAGCGUAUUGCCAUCUAGUGGCUGCAACUGCCUGGACGCCCAACAGACAGGUCAAAAGCUUUUAUCAUCUCUUUUGUUAAAAAAUAUAAAAAAUUAAACGAUAUGAAAAUUACAUCUGUUUCCAUUUAUUUUAUUUAGAUUGAGACUUCGGUUUCAGUUUAUUUGUAGUUUCUCGGACAGGCAUGUUUCUUAUUUUUUAUUUCAGUUAAGGAAUAUGUUGUUUUUUUUCACAGCUUGUGUUCAUUUAAAUUUUCAUGUAUGAUAAUAAGCUGUAAAACAUCACUAAUUACAUUCUGCUCUAAAAAUGUUUUGGUUGGCCAUAUGACUGCCAAUGUGCAUACAAUACCCAGAAUUCUUCUGACAUUCCUACUCUCAGUUCCUAUUCUAUGAACUGAUAUUUUCAAUUUCCAUUUGCCACCUGAUUCUGAACUGAUUUCACAGGAGUUCAAAAAGUAUAUUGGUUUGAAUUUAACUGUGCUUUUAAAUAUGCUAAAAUGGCCAUAGAUAUUUAUUUAAGGUCCUUAGUAGUUUAUUGGGUGAGAAAGCAUUGAAGAAAGAAAAAUAUGUAGUUCCAUUCAUUUAAGAACAAAUUUAUAGUAUAGUCUGGGUCCAUGUUUUGUAACCUCAGCAUAGCUUGCCAAUAUUGCUAAUGAGAUAAGAGCACCCAUUGCCUUUAAAUGCUAAUGAGAUAAGAGCACCCCUUGCCUUUAAAUGCUAAUGAGAUAAGAGCACCCUUGCCUUUAAAUGCUAAUGCGAUAAAAGCAUUACAUCCUUUUUAAUGCUAAUGAGAUAAGAGCACCCCUUGCCUUUAAAUGCUAAUAAGAUAAGAGCACUAUUUCUUUUAAAUGCUAAUGAGACAAGAGCACCCCUUGCCUUUAAAUGCUAAUGCGAUAAUAGCAUCACAUCCCUUUAAAUGCUAAUCAGAUAAGAGCACCCCUUGCCUUUAAAUGCUAAUGAGAUAAGAGCACUCUUUCCUUUAAAUGCUAAUGAGAUAAGAGCACCCCUUGCCUUUAAAUGCUAAUGCGAUAAAAGCAUCACAUCCUUUUUAAUGCUAAUGAGAUAAGAGCACCCCUUGCCUUUAAAUGCUAAUAAGAUAAGAGCACCCUUUCUUUUAAAUGCUCAUGAGAUAAGAGCACCCCUUGCCUUUAAAUGCUAAUGAGAUAAGAGCACCCCUUGCCUUUAAAUGCUAAUGAGAUAAGAGGAUUACUGCCUAUAAAAUGCCACAAUACGCCCCCUUUUAAUUUCAUAGCUUUGGACAAUUAUUUUAGUUCCAUUUCAUCUAAAAAAGAAAACCUAUCAAAUUACAGGUGCAGUCAAAACAAGAAGGAUAGGAGUGGUUGUAUUGAAAGGAGAAUGGACUUGGGAUAUGUGGGGGGGGUGAUAAUUCAAACAGAGGGAUGACUCUAAGCAGAGGCUUUGACUGUUUAUAUUUUCCCUACACGUCUGUGUGCGGCUGUUAUGUGAUGUACUGCGUGUUUAAAUAAUAAAAGAAUAAAAGAA